CUAUGAUCUCCAGAAUGAUACUACAAAUAUGUUGCAACUCUUUUUGAUCUGAAAAUCUCCUACAUAUUAUUCUACAUAAUAAAUCAUCCCUUUUCUCUCAAAAUACCUUUUAGCCCUUUAUAUUAACCAUAGAGCAAGCAUAUUAUUAACAAAUAAGUCAUGGUGCAAAAUUAGUUACCAAUAAUUAUGAGUUAGAGGAGAAAAUGAUUUUAAUUUACCAUGUAUGAGUGGAAAAUUUUAAAGAAAUCGUUUCUAUCAACUUAUCACUGAUGUGGGCAGAUAAUCUGUUAAAAAUUUGAGAUAAUUAGGAAUUUAUACGAAUUGUUUUGCGUCACUAUUUAUUAUCUUUGAUAGACAAUAGAUAAGAGAAUAUUUUUAAUCAAAAUUAGUCGCAAUAAUUAUGCGUAUCGAUAUCAAAAUAUGGAAUUCUGUGAUGACCAUACAUUUCCAACGUUUUCUCAGGCAAAAUAUUACCUUGAAUCGAAUACAAAAAACCAAAAUAUUCUAAAUGAUAUAGAAGAUUUUGUAUUUAACUGGAAAUUUCAAUCUCAGUAUGAUCUGUCACUUAUUAUCGAAGAUGUAAAUAAUAUGAUAUAUGGUAUAAAAGAUGAGUUUUUUGGAAAUAGAAAUGAUAAUAAAAUUUUUGAAUCCAUACACUGUGUGGUACACAAUAAGCUGUGGGAUAUUUUAAAAUCUAUUAUAAGAGCAAAUUAUGCCACCGACGAUCAGAAAUUAUAUGAAAAAGGUAAAAUACUAUGCAAGAGUAAAACAUUACCGUUAGAAUCUGAUGAAACAUCAUAUUGUUCUAUACCAUACACAGCUGCAAUUGUUGAACUGUCUAUGUUGGAUUCAUAUAAUAGUCCAUUAGAAAAAUUGAAUUGCCUCUGUACAACCUACGAUAUAAUAUUUGCAGAAUUGAAAUCUGCAUUGGUUACUGUAAUAUCAAAAUAUUCAGAAAAAGAACUAGAGAUACCAAUUAUAGACAAUAAAGAUAUCGCUCCAAUUAUGUCUCUGGUUUUUAUCAAAUCCAAAUUGAGAUAUCCUGUGAGCAAUCUGAUGUAUAUAAAAUUUUUUGGUCAAAAUUGGAUAAAAGAUGGCAACAAAGGUUACAUUUUAAAAACAUUUGAGCAAGUCACUGAACAAUGUCUAAAAGAGGAUCAGCAAUAUUCAUCUUUAAAAAAUGGAAUUACAGAACCAUCAGAUAUCGACUACUGUGAUAUUAUUAAAAAAAUGACAUUAGCAGAAACAGAACCACACAAAAUAGAAUCUCCCGGAAAACCUAGUCUUCAAGAUGAAAAUAGGAAAAGACUUUUAAAUCUCAUUUUUAGAUCGACAACAUCCAAUAAUUUGUAAUAUGUUGGAAAUAUAAUUGAAAUUUUAAUA